GGGUUGCCCCCACUCCAACUCUCCUUCAUCCAACAGAAAGGGCUUCUGUGGUCUUUGUGCUCCCUCUGGGUGACACCGUGGGUCGUUCAAUUGGCAACGGUGGACAUGGAUUAGCCUGUUGUCGCAUUGCUGGAUGCACGCAUUGCAUGGUGGAAGCGAUGCGCUGGGAGGUUCACGAUGAGGGGAAACAAUGACGCAUGCGAUUCCUGCGUGACUUAAAUUGUCCCCCCGACUGUGCUCUUCUGACGCUCUGUCAACUCGAACCUCUGAAUUAAUACUUCGCCCACUCCCUCCGUUCACAAUGCUUUACGCUGAAAGCGACAAGCUGGUCUUCCGUUUCGACGACCACCUCCUUUGGGUCCAACCAUGGGGCGAGAAUGCCCUCCGUGUCAGGGCUACGAAGCUGUCGUCGAUGCCAGAUGAAGAUUGGGCUCUUUCCACCAAGCCUGCGACAAGCAACACAACGGUCGAGACGCCCGAGGGGAAGGAAGCAAGUAUCUCCAACGGCAAGAUCAAGGCGGUUGUCUCUCGGCGAGGCAAGCUGAUCAUCUACAAUUCUAAGGGGGAAAAGCUGCUGGAGGAAUAUGCUCGUCAUCGUCGUGAUCCGAUGGACCCGAAAUGCAGUGCCUUGGAGAUCGAGGCUCGCGAGCUGCGACCCAUCCUGGGCGGCGAUUUUCACCUCACCCUGCGCUUUGAAUCGCUGGAUCCGAAGGAGAAGAUAUUCGGAAUGGGUCAAUACCAGCAGCCAAAUCUGAACCUGAAAGGAGCAGACAUCGAGUUGGCUCACCGGAACUCCCAAGCCAGUGUGCCUUUUGCUCUUUCUUCCUUGGGCUAUGGCUUCCUGUGGAACAACCCCGGUAUUGGACGGGCGGUCUUCGGAACAAACACCACGAGCUUCGAGGCUUAUUCAACCAAGACACUGGAUUACUGGGUGGUGGCCGGCGACAGCCCGGCUGAGAUUGAGGAGGCAUACAGCAGCGUCACUGGCUAUGUCCCCAUGAUGCCUGAAUAUGGCCUGGGAUUCUGGCAGUGCAAGCUACGGUACUGGAACCAAGAGCAACUCCUUGACGUUGCGCGGGAAUACAAGAAAAGAAAGGUGCCUCUGGAUCUGAUUGUCAUCGACUUUUUCCACUGGAAGCACCAAGGGGAAUGGAGCUUUGAUCCUAAGUUUUGGCCCGAUCCUGAUGCCAUGGUGAAAGAGCUUAAGGAGCUGAACGUUGAGCUUAUGGUGUCCGUCUGGCCGACCGUCGAGAACCUAUCCGAGAAUUAUCCAGAAAUGCUUGAACGCGGGCUGUUGAUUCGGCACGAUCGUGGGUUGCGCAUUGCGAUGCAGUGCGAUGGCGACAUUACGCAUUUCGAUGCGACUAAUCCGGAAGCUCGCAAGUAUGUCUGGGAGAAGGCGAAGAAGAACUACUAUGAGAAGGGCAUUAAAGUGUUCUGGCUUGAUGAAGCCGAGCCAGAAUAUUCCAUCUAUGAUUUUGAUAUCUUCCGCUACCAUGCCGGCAGCAACCUCCAGAUCGGAAACAUUUUCCCCAAAGAGUAUGCCAAGGGUUUCUAUGAAGGCAUGACUGCGGAAGGGCAGAAGAACAUCGUGAACCUGCUCCGGUCUGCCUGGGCAGGAAGCCAGAAGUACGGGGCCCUCGUAUGGAGCGGUGACAUUGCAUCGUCAUGGGGUGCGUACCGCAGUCAACUAUCUGCCGGUUUGAACAUGGGACUGGCCGGAAUCCCGUGGUGGACCACCGACAUUGGCGGAUUCCACGGAGGCAAUCCCGACGAUCCUGCUUUCAGGGAGCUCUUCACUCGAUGGUUCCAAUGGGGUGCCUUCUGCCCGGUGAUGCGUCUGCAUGGCGAUCGUGAGCCGAAACCAGAAGGUCAGCCUACUGCUUCCGGAUCCAACAAUGAAGUUUGGUCCUACGGAGAAGAGGUGUACGAGAUAUGCAAGAAGUACAUCAAUAUCCGUGAAGAGCUCCGGGACUACACGAGAAGCCUCAUGAAGGAGGCUCAUGAGAAGGGCACCCCGGUGAUCCGCACUCUGUUCUAUGAAUUCCCGGAUGACAAGAAAGCCUGGGACGUGGAGACUCAGUACAUGUAUGGCUCCAAGUAUCUCGUGGUGCCGGUGCUGGAAGCAGGACAGCGCAAGAUCAGCGCUUACCUGCCCAAAGGCGCAUCGUGGAAGCUCUGGGGAGAAGACAAAUCUCACGAGGGAGGGCAGGAGGUCGAGGUUGCUUGCCCAAUUGACUCGAUGCCUGUGUUCAUCAAGGGCUAGAUUGUCUCUGUAGCCGAGUUU